CCCUCUGUAAAAGUCUUGUUCACUUUUAGAGUCAGAGGUUGCCUGACUGCAGACAGAUCUCAAUCUGGCAAGGGAUUAUUCAGCCUCAUCCGCUUCCCAGGUGGACAAAUAAUGCAUACUCUGUUUUUGUCCCCUGGAAACCUGGGUCACGUUUGCAGCUCUCUCCCGGGGAAGGGCCUGGAUUUAAAGGAUGCAAUGGUGUGCAAGGAGGUUUCAUCUUGCAGUGCAACAGGAAUCCAGGACUGUGGGGCAAGUCUGGAAGGCAGUUCCUUCAGGGCUUCUCUCUGCUGAUACAAGUCCAUUAGCUAAGACACAGGCAAGUGCCUUGUAUUCUGGAUUUGAUUCUAGGCUGUUGCUGUCUGGCUAAAUACAUUUCUAUGUCAAAUACUUUCUGACAGAAGAUUGGAAUAAACCAUUAAAUUCUUUUUGUUCGUGCAUAGCAAUUACAAUCGUGAAAUAUGUUGCUGUGCCAAGUGAGGCAGGCCUACAGAAUGAAAUCCUCUGCAAAUCUACCCAUUCAUAUGCAUACCAACUCACUACGCAUGAAGAUGACUACAAUAAACUGUUCUUCCAGGUCAGUGUAUCAAAACAAUUGUUUUGAUUUCUAUUGACUUCAAUUUCUAUGCCUGACAGCUAAUUCAGAAACAAAGGAGGUAAGAAACCGCAGCACCCAGAUACAAGGGACUUAUGUGCACGUGUAACUUAAUCUUCAAGAUUUCCUACAGGAUGGUCUGUAGAUCUCACCAUAGCAGGGUGCAACAGGCAAAAUGUAGAAGUUACGGCUCCCAGGCGUGACUCUUCUCUAGCAGAGAUCUCUUUUCUAGGGAAGAGAGAUCCUCAGAGCUCAGUCAGUAAGCAGUGUGCAGGCCUGCCCAGGCUGGCAUCCCUGCUGCAAGGUGGCCCUGAGCCGGGAGCAGCUGGGCUGUGCUCAGAUGGCAGCACUGAUGGCCUGUGGCCGUGCCUGCACCCAGCAGGAAUGUGUCCAGGAAUGUGUCAGUUCCGGGCUCUGCUGUCAUUUCCCAAACUCCUGCAAUCUGGGUUUGCUUUGAAUGCCAUGCCUGAAUAGUUCAUUCAUCUGACAGGCGAUAUGUUUUUUCAGCUGCAGCACAGCCAGCAGGAUUGCUCAAUGCUCACAGCUCUCUAGCCUUUGAUGUUCUGAGAGUUUCAGGAAACGGUGUCGGCUUCCUAGAACUUGGGGAAUUCACAGAUUUCUGCAAGACCUUCCUUAUUAAAGUUCUCUGUCUUUCCUUACCCCUGUCCUCCUGGGUGACUUCAGGUUUCAGGUAUGGGGCUUUUGAGGGCUCACGUCUCUGCUGUGGUUUUGGUGCUGUCUGCUCCCUGGCCAGCUACAUUGCAGCUGCCUACAAGCACAAUGUGCACUUGUCGGAGGACAGAGAAAUGCCUGCUUCUCCUGAUGAGACCUUGUUGCUGGGCAAAAAUAAGAGUUCUGAGUGGAACUGCACAGUGAAAAGGAAGAUACUGUCAGGGUGGCGAGUCUAUUCCUUGAUGCCUUGCUGAGCAGUCUGUAUGAAUAGCAAGAUUACUUUCCUUCCUCAGAGACAUACCUCAAGUUGGAACAUCAGAAUUUUUAUGAAGCAUUUGGAGCUAUAGUAGAAAUGUGCCUUUCCAAAAUAUUCUGCAAAACAUUGCUCUUCGUGAGGAAUAAAAAUUGUUUUGUAUGAUCAGUUUGAAAUUGCUCAUUGUGCAAAAACGUGCUUUUAAUAAAAUAGCAAAAAUAAAAAAUUGUAUGUUAAUUUAUUUUCACAGAACAAGUGAAUAUUUUAGCUCUAGGCAGAAAGGUGAGAACAAUUCAAGGGUUAGUUUGUACUGCAGUGUGUACAGAUUGUACUUCCUCAUCUUAUGCAAUAGGAGCUUACUUCCAAAACAAGCUUGUUACAAUCUUUACUCCUCCUCCUCCUAUCUGCUUUAUAUUCCUAUGCGCGCACUAGUAGCAACAAGGCAGUAGCCAUGCUCCCUUCCCAGAUCCUGGUACGUGCUGCAGUGCUUGCCCUGGCAGUCCUGCAGGCCCUGGCCUUGGACACCUUCAUUGCAGCCGUGUAUGAGCACGCCGUCAUCCUGCCACGCACCAUUCACAAGGUUUCUCCCGAUGAUGCUUUGGCCCUGAUGAACAGAAACAUGGAUGUUCUGGAAGGAGCUAUCAAGGAAGCAGCGCAGCAGGGUGCCCGCAUCAUUGUGACUCCCGAGGAUGGCAUUUAUGGCUGGGUUUUCACGAGGGACACCAUUUACCCCUACCUGGAGGAUAUUCCUGAUCCAGAGGUGAACUGGAUUCCCUGCACUGAUUCCACAAGAUUUGGUCGAGCACCAGUGCAGGAGCGACUCAGCUGCAUGGCCAGGAACAACUCCAUCUAUGUAGUUGCAAAUAUCGGGGACAAGAAGCCAUGUAAUUCCAGUGAUCCCAAGUGCCCGAGUGACGGGCGCUACCAGUACAACACUGACGUUGUCUUUGACACAGAAGGGAAACUGGUGGCUCGUUACCACAAGUACAACCUGUUUAGACAAGAAACUCAGUUUAAUUACCCAAAAGAGCCAGAGUUCAUCACCUUUGAGACUCCCUUUGGGAAGUUUGGCAUUUUCACUUGCUUUGACAUCCUUUUCCGGGAGCCCGCCGUGGUGCUGGUGAGUGAGCUACAGGUGGACACGGUGCUUUUCCCAACAGCCUGGAUGAAUGUCUUGCCCUUUCUGACUGCUGUGGAGUUUCACUCUGCAUGGGCUAUGGGCAUGGGAGUGAAUUUACUGUCAGCAAAUACUCACAACACCAUCAUGUCUAUGACAGGCAGCGGGCUGUUCACACCCCAAGGGCCGGCCAUGUACUACUACAACAGCAAGACAAAGGAGGGACGUCUCCUGGUAGCAGAGCUCAGCGCACGACCUCGUCUUUCUCCUAACUAUCCUGCUGCAGUCAACUGGAGCUCAUAUGCUACAAGUGUCAAAAACUAUUCAGGAGAAAAUAAGACCUUUUCAGGAGCUGUCCGGCGGGAUAUAUUCACUUUCAGUGAACUCAAGCACAAAGCUGGAAAUCACACAGUCUGUCAAAAAGACCUCUGCUGUCAUUUGACCUAUCGGAUGUCAAAUAAAAGUGAAGAUGAAGUUUAUGUACUGGGUGCAUUUGAUGGGCUUCAUGGCUCUGUCAUAAAAUACCAUUGGCAGAUAUGCACCCUGCUCAAGUGUAAGAGCACAGACCUGAGAACGUGUGGACAGCCAGCAGAGACUGCACAGACCAAGUUUGCCAUGUUCUCCCUCAGUGGCACGUUUGGCACUAACUACGUCUUUCCAGAAGUCUUGUACAGCGGUGUGCAGUUGGCCCCUGGGGAAUUUGAGGUACUGUCUGAUGGACGUCUGCAAAGUAAGAAUGGCACAUCAAAACCACUCUUAACAGUGACGCUUUUUGGGAGGUGUUAUGAAAAGGACCUGCCUCAUCCCCUGCGAAGCUUCCUGUGAUGUAACUCCCUAAAUGUUAAUCAAUCAGCAUAGGCAGGAUGAGAAUUUCCCACAGUGAUCCAUAAGCUUCUCAUGAUUUGUAACAGUUAUCCUGUAUCAUUCAUAUCCUUCAAUCUUAUUCUUCUGCUUAGUAGCUGGGGCAGAUGAGUUUAUUUAGAAGAUCAGUGGUCACUCUAUUGUGGACCUAGAUCAACAGUACACUACUGUACUAGUGCUUGAGCCAGUGCAUUUGUUAUAUUCUGUCAUAUGAAAACUCUGAUUAGAAAUUAUUAUACUUUUCAAAAAUAUAACAUAGGUUGCCAGAAUAAUCCUAGUCAUAAGACUGAUGCUGAGAUGUGUGGAAUGUGUAUUUGGCCACCUUUCUGCCAAAUGAAUCUUCCCCAAAGAAGUUUCUCUGUCCCUUCUGGCUCUUCCUGUUUUUCAGACUAGAGGAGCACUAAAUGUCUGUGUCCCUCAACUUUAUGUGCCAUUCACCAAGGCCUUCCUAAUAUUCAGUGGGACUCAGCCAUUCUGACCAAGCUACUGUACUAUGAAACAAAAAACAGAUUUGAAAUGGUUUUAGGUGCAAUCUCCAUGCAGUUUUUCAUGAUCCACACAGUCAGUGAGUCUGCUCCAUAAAGAACCUUCAGUUCUACGGUCCUGCACUGCUUUGCAUGUGUGGCAUACACAUGCUAGGUCCAAUGCAUUUCAGAUCACACUUACCUUAUAAGUGUAGUACAUCAUUCCUCUGGAUAUUUGGAAAAUUUCUUCAAAACUGUGAAAAUGUAGGAAGUGGCAAUGUUUUAACCAUACAUGUAGUGUAAGAAAUGUGCAUUAUCUGGGACUUCUAGUGAUGGCACAUGACACUUGGUAGCCCUGGGCUGGCUUGUAUCUACCAUGUUUUGCAGCAAACAGGCCUUGUUUGACCACAUAUGCCUUAGUGUGAUCCCUGCUUUAACAUUAAUCCCACAGUCUUUUACAUGUAUUGUUCUUCACAUCCCUGGCAUGCGGCAUGCACCGUGUUUAGCAUCCAUUUGCCCUAAAUGUGGCACAUAAACACUCCGUGGCUUCCCACCUCAAGCUCACCAACAUUCAUUAUCCAAAAUUUUUUUUAACCAUACGAGUUCUGUUUUCUUUGUGCUGUUGCUUCUCAGUACCCAGGUUUGGAGACUUCUUUGAGGCUUUGUUUCAUCCUGGAAAGAAAACAGCUGAGCUUAUAACCAGAGGAGGGGCCAUGCAAUUUGGGAGCAGUUAUUCAAACAUGCAGGGCCUCAAGGUUGUGCUUUCCAGUGGCUCGUCCAGCACCUCACCCUUUUCUUGCCUGACUUGUGGUUGUAACCUGGAACAGCCAUCAAACAAAUCUUGGUCAAGAGAGAGUAUGACUUCCCAGUGGCAGUACUAAUCCUACAUGGCUAUUGGUUGUGUAACAGGUAUGGGGUCCCGAAUUUCAAGACACAGAAGGCCAUGCUGAUGAGUGGGAGCUCAUCCCUGCUCCCCAAGCCAGUCUAGUACACUCCAGGGGCCUCUUACCUGGUUUGUAUUGGGCAGCAGUUUGGGAAGGGCAAACAAGUACAAACGUGCUGGUUUUGAAGGUUUGUGUUGUCAUUCUGAUGACAACAUAGGUCUCUUGGUUUUCACUGGAGUCAACUGCCAGGCUUGUAUAAUGAAAAGAAGAGCAGCCAAGAGCAGCAUGUGGAUGUAAUUUGAGUUUUGUUUUUCUUGCCACAGUCAAAUCUCUUGAUUAAAGCUUGUUUUUUUCAGUGGUUGGUAUCAAUAGGAUUACUUUUUAAUUCUUUUCCCAUCCUUCCCCUUCCACACACACAAAGGAAGAAUCUGGGGUCAUUUUAGGGAUUAUCAGUGUCAUUCUCAAAAGAGAAGUCACUUUACUGGUUGCUGGUUCUCUAAAUCCUGAGUAUUGUGUGCACUCCAAAUGGACACGGAAUUGAUAAAAAUCUUUCUAAAGCUGGAGAGGAAUACAGACAGGAUUGAACAAACGGUAGACAUUCAGCUUAUUAUUUAUUCCCAGGCUUAUCUUUCUCACGGCAGGUUUGUCUAGACCCUGUGGAAAGUAAAGUGCCUGCUGUUAUUUCAGCAGGCAUUAUUUGUUGAGCACAAAUAAUAAAAUGAA